UCCUCCAUUGCUCACCCAAGAACCAGAAAAUGGUGCGUAUAACAUCGCCGUGCACUCCCAACAGCACCGCUGGCAGCGGCGGCGGACGCUCAUUCAAGAAACCGGCCAUAACUGUAAUACAACCCUUCACUUCUUUUUGGUCUCUAUGCACAAAACGUGCUAGCCGGGCUGCCAAAAAGCUGGCUUCCGGUCCGCCAAAUUCGCCGUUGACUAAGCCGAAGCAACUUUUAAUAACCGUGAGCAACAAGGUGAUGAAAUUCCGGCGCAAGAAAAAUUCCGACGAAAAUUUUGGUGGAGAUGACGAAGGGCUGUGGCAGAGGACUAUAUUGAUGGGAGAUAAGUGUGAGCCGUUGGAUUUCUCCGGCGUUAUUUAUUAUGAAUCCGAUGGAAAGCAAUUGCCGGAGGCUCUAGGAAAAUCAUCUCGUGCUAGUCCCUUGCCGUUAUAUGCUUAAGUUUCGUCGGAGAAGUGAAACGAGGAAGGAGUAGGUGAUGCGGGUCACCUGUUAGUGUUGUUUGUAAUCUUCAUUACUGUUAUUUUGAUUUGAUUUUUAAUUACCAUUUCUAAUAACUUUUAAUGAGACUGAUUAUUUAUCUAAGCUUCGUUUGGGAGUGAUUUUU